AUGGCGCUGGAAUGGACCUAUAAGAAUAUUUCCGCUUUUGGAGGCAACUCGGAAUCUAUUGGCAUUGGGGGAUACUCGGCUGGGUCAUAUUCUGCUUUCCUGCAGCUUCAGUUUGACAUACAACAACCUGCGGACCAACAAAUAAUACGACGAGUGGCGUUGCAGUCUAAUUGCCCAAUUACCGCGCCAAUUUCGUGGGGAUCGAACCAAGUACACAAGAAAUAUGAACAAUUACUCCAGUCCUGCGGAAUUCCUGCUUCAGAGAGACCUGAAAAAAGGCUGCGGCAUCUUCGGGGGUUAAAUAUGAAACAACUCCUUUCCGCCCUUGCCACCCUAACGGAUCCUGUUUUCAGACCUGUGCUUGAUGAAAGUUUCAUAUCUUCCAGCAUGAUGCUUGAUAUCUAUAACGGUACAAUGGCGAGGGCCAUCGCUAAGAGGCAUAUUUCGAUCCUGUUCGGCUACACGCAGCGAGAAGAAGCUGUCUAUGGUGCUAUUGCACCAAACACGGAGGUUCAGGUAAAAAACACCUUGAGACAGUACUUCCCUGAACGUGUGAUCAGUGCUGCUUGGCCAUUGUAUGUGCGCGGUGUUGGUAGCCCCGCAGUUGAUUGGCCAAUGGUUUUCGGCGACAUGUUCGCUGACCUGCAAGUCAGAGUUGGAGGGAUUGGACUUGCGAAAGAACUAGUUUCCGGUGGAGUUCCAACCUCACUACUUUAUCGUUACGAGGUUCAAUGGAGGGCUCAGGCAAUUGACGCAUUUCUUCCACCAGAAAUGGGAGCGACACAUGGGUCGGACGCACAACUCGUCUGGUUUGCAACAGAUAAACUCUUAAAACACGAUGAAAAGUCAGUGGUUCAACGAUGGGUGUUACCCUGGGUAGCUUGGGUGGAGGGGCGAGAGAAUGUGGCGAGGAGUGGUUGGCGGCUGCCUGGGUUAGAAAAAAAAAGAGUAUUGGAAUCAGAUGGUCAAAUCAACACGGUUGAUGUAGACUCUAGAAAGCUUAUCGCUGUCUGGGAGGCUAUUAAGGCAGCUACUAUAUGA